GUAAAACUAAAGGGGGGGGCGACGCUUAUCUGACAGGCGUUCGCAGCUACCCGUCACUGGCACCGAAGCUGUAGACAUGUGUGGAAUCUUUGCCUAUCUUAACUACCAUGUGCCAAGGACUCGGCGUGAGAUCCUUGAGAUCCUCCUCAAAGGUCUCAAGCGCCUGGAGUACAGAGGUUACGACUCAGCAGGUGUGGGUAUUGAUGGUGGGAAUGGAAAGGACUGGGAGUCAAAUGCAAAGUCCAUCCAACUGAUCAAGCAACGUGGAAAAGUGAAGGCACUUGAUGAAGAGAUACACAAGCAGCAGGAUAUUGACCUUGAUGUGGAGUUCGAUGUUCAUGUCGGCAUCGCCCACACCCGCUGGGCCACUCACGGUGUACCAAGCCCAGUUAACAGCCAUCCACACAGAUCUGACAAGACAAAUGAGUUCAUCGUCAUCCACAAUGGAAUUAUCACUAACUACAAAGACUUGAGAAAAUUCUUGGAGAGCAAAGGUUACGAGUUUGAGUCAGAGACUGACACAGAGACCAUUGCCAAGCUGGUGAAGUACAUGUAUGACAACCGGGAGAAUGAUGACAUCAACUUUGCUACACUGGUGGAGCGGGUGACCCAGCAGCUGGAGGGAGCUUUUGCCCUGGUAUUCAAGAGCGUUCACUACCCCGGAGAGGCAGUUGGCACAAGGAGAGGAAGUCCCCUGCUGAUGGGAGUGAGAUGUGAUCACAAGCUGUCUGCAGAUCAUAUCCCUGUGCUCUACCGCUCUACUGCCAAAGACAAGAAAGGCUGCGCCACUCUACCCAGGACAGAUCAGGACACCUGCUUGUUCCCUGUGGACGAAAAAGCUGUGGAGUAUUAUUUUGCCUCUGAUGCAAGCGCUGUGAUCGAGCACACAAACCGGGUGAUCUUCCUGGAGGAUGAUGAUGUGGCUGCCGUGAAGGAAGGCCGAUUGUCCAUUCACAGGAUAAAGCGCAGGGCAGGAGACUACCCAGCCCGAGCCAUCCAGACCCUGCAGAUGGAGCUGCAGCAGAUCAUGAAGGGAAACUACAGCUCCUUCAUGCAGAAGGAAAUCUUUGAGCAGCCAGAGUCUGUGGUCAACACCAUGAGAGGGAGAAUCAACUUUGACAACAACACAGUGAUACUGGGUGGACUGAAGGACCACAUCAAGGAGAUCCAGAGGUGUCGGCGACUUAUCCUUAUUGCAUGCGGCACCAGCUACCAUGCUGGAGUAGCUACCCGCCAGGUCCUGGAGGAGCUCACCGAGUUGCCUGUCAUGGUGGAGCUGGCCAGCGACUUCCUGGACAGGAAUACUCCUGUCUUCCGAGACGAUGUCUGCUUCUUUAUCAGUCAGUCAGGGGAGACUGCUGACAGCCUCAUGGCUCUGCACUACUGUAAGGAGAGAGGGGCUCUGACUGUGGGCAUCACAAACACAGUAGGCAGCUCCAUCUCCAGGGAGACAGACUGUGGAGUCCACAUCAACGCUGGCCCUGAGAUUGGAGUAGCAAGCACCAAGGCUUACACCAGCCAGUUUGUUGCCCUGAUCAUGUUUGCGCUCCUGAUGUGCGAUGACAGGAUUUCCAUGCAGCCCAGACGGCGUGAGAUAAUCCAGGGCCUGAGAGUGCUUCCAGAUCUGAUCAAGGAGGUCCUCAGUUUGGAUGAUGAGAUCCAGAAGCUGGCGACUGAGCUGUACCAGCAGAAGAGUGUGCUGAUCAUGGGCAGAGGAUACCAUUAUGCUACCUGCCUUGAAGGAGCACUGAAAAUCAAGGAAAUCACAUAUAUGCAUUCAGAGGGCAUCCUGGCUGGAGAACUGAAACACGGUCCUCUUGCUCUGAUUGAUAAACUCAUGCCGGUCAUCAUGAUCAUCAUGAGAGAUCACACAUACACCAAAUGUCAGAACGCUCUGCAGCAAGUUGUCGCCCGCCAGGGCCGCCCCAUUGUGAUCUGCGACAAAGAUGAUUAUGAGACCGUCAAGAACUCGUGUCGCACCAUCAGAGUGCCUCACUGUGUCGACUGCCUGCAGGGCGUGCUGAGCGUCAUCCCGCUGCAGCUGCUGUCCUUCCACCUGGCUGUCCUCCGAGGUUACGAUGUGGACUGCCCAAGAAACUUGGCCAAGUCUGUGACAGUGGAAUGAAGCGCGCCCUUCAUCACUCGACAACAAAAGCCUGGCAGACACAAACAUGUGUGAAGACAACCAGGGAGCGUCUGUACGCAGAAACCAAGAGAAGAUAAUGUCCUGUUUUUUUGUCUGAUGUCACAGCCCUUUUUAAUGCAAUCUUAAUCAACAGUCCUGCAUCUCGCUGUUGUAUAUUCUCUGUAUCUCCACCUCUAUCUUCUCAUUAUUGUCGUAUUGUCGUUAGAGAAGUAGUUCUGUCCUUGAUGGCGAGGUCUGGGCUGGCACUGACUUAUAACCUUUAUAUUGUGUGGGUGUUUUGAAGCUGUAGUAACUGACAUCGGUAGUUUAAGGUCGUUUCACUUUCACCCUGGACAGUUGUUUAAAUAUAUGGUGUUUAGUCUCGGUGGAAGGCUCUUAAAGCUGAUGUUAACUGAGAGAAUCUAGAUUUUUAAAGACCUCAUUGGCUUCCUUUUUUGUUACUUUUUUUCAGUGCAAUGAUUCGUCGUUUAGUUGGGAUAUUUUUCUUUGGCAGCUUCUCAUUCAAAGUGUCUUUUUUUUCACCGUUGAAGUAAGCUUAAAUCAUUCCACAGGUCAGGACUUCAUUAUUGCCGCACAGUUUGUCAGUUUUGACUCAGUUUCUCUUCUUUUAAGGACGCGAAAGUUUACAGCAGGAGCAGCAUCACAAGUUAGAUGAUGGGAACGCUUGUGAAUACACAACUGUGUGAAGCUUGUUAUCCUGCAUGAACUAAGACUAUCAGAUUUCUAACUCUGGCUUUGAUUUUUCUUUGGAACUAAAGCAUCUGGAUUACAAAAUAUUGUUACUAUAAAGCUUUUCAUGCACCAUUUAGUUUUGGAAUCUUGUGUUAAACUCUGUUGCUUCAUUGUUCAAAAAGGAGAUCUCAUUGGUCUCCUAUGCGUUUGAAUUAUAAACUGAAGAAAUUUAAAGUUAUAUGAAGUUAAAACCCUGAAGUAGAAGAACAGACCACAAUCUGCCAACAGACUGCUGCAAUAUUGGGACCAUUUGAAGCUUUUUAUUUUUAUUAUUAUUAUUUUGUUACAAAGUUAUUUGUUGAUUUGAAACGUGAAUGUUACUGUCAUUUAAAAAUGUCCUGUUAAACCAAAAAUCUGUACAAUGAUGGCAGUUAUACACCAAAACAUGCAUAUAUAUUUGAUAUGUUAUAUUGUUUUGUAGCCAAACUUGUACUGACAUGGUUACUGUAGGUUGUGUGGUGUGAAGAAGAGAGAAGGUGGGCAUUCACACGGUUGUUAUGGCAGCUUGUCAGACUGUAGAUGUUUCUCUAGAGAGGCAGAUGCCAGCUGAGUGUGUCUGUGUGUGUGCGUGCCCAAAUGUCUUUUUCAUAGGGCCAAGGAAAGGACGAUGUGUUACACACAGUUAAGUAGUGAAGAAAUUUAAGCUGCGUGUUUGUUUUUCUUUUUAACUCCUCACAUAUUUUAGUUGAAAUGCAUUUAUCUUACCUUUACAAUCAAGCCUUAACUUUCCUUUUUUUUUCUUUCAGUUUUUCCAUUUCUUUUCCCUAACAUUGAGCUUCUUCUGAGCCAGUGAACAGGUUUGAAAACUAGAUGAUGUUAUUACAGGUACUUUUGUCACCCCCCAUUGAUUACUUAGACUGGAAGAACAUUGACAAAAAGACGCCACACUGAUCCUGAAAUCUGUUAGAUGAUGAUUUUCUGACUGAUGGAUUUCUGUGUGUGUGGGGGCACUAUUUAUUAGUGGAGCUGAUGCAAUAAAGUGUCAAGUACUUCCCA